AUGAAAGCAGGAAUUUUCAAAGCUGCAAGUUUUGUUCGUUUUCUUGUCGCGGUCGUGAUUCUGGCAAUGAUUUUGGUGGUAACACCUUGCCGAGGUCAACAAAGAUGUUCUCCGUUGACUAUUCCUUUCUGUCAGGGUUUAUCGUACAAUAGCACAAUACUGAAUCCCACGAUGCAGCAACGAGUGUCUCGCGAACUCUCUCGAUUUUCACCUUUGAUGAAGAUUGCUUGUUCGGAUGAUUUAACUUUUUUUCUUUGUUCCAUGUUCGCACCGAUUUGCACGCUGUCACAGACUCCUAUUCUACCGUGCCGCUCGCUUUGCAACAGUGUUAGACGCGAUUGUGAGGACCCUUUGAAGACCAUAGGCUUCACGUGGCCGGAGCCUCUCAAUUGCGAUAACUUUCCAGACCGAAAUGGUAAGGGCUUCUGUGUUGUUAUACCAGAUAAAACCACCCCUCAGCCGCCAGUAACGGAGAGAGCCAAGGGUGAGUUUUCAUUUGUUCAGUUUUAACUUCCUCGCGUUAAUUGAGGAUUUACCAAGAAACGGUUUUAAGUAUUAUGGCAUGUAGCACAAUUACAUUAGUCAGGAGCCGAACGCAAAUAACUUUUAGGGUUGAGUGUGAUAUGGUUGUUAGAUAGUGUUACUUGCGUGACAUAAGAUAUUGCUAAACCAGUUGUCAAAGCUAAAUUCAACAAACGUUUUUGGAACAUGAAGAGAUUAAAUGACACACUACCCGCAAGCUGAGGAUCUUGAAGGCAUUAAAAAAACAUUAAUCUGUGUUUAUUCUAUCUACGUAUUGGUAUUGGUUCCGUAUGUGCUCAUCAGAAGACGUCAAAAGUUCUUUGUUCGUCGCCAAUCCUCACUCUAAGUUGCUGUAAUUUGAACUUAAUCAAAACAAAUUUUCCGUAUGUUUAGCGCCAUGGUCCUCUCUUAUUUGCAAUGCAAAACAAGCCGUGGUUAUUUUGGGUUCGUCAUACGAUCGUGCUCUGUCUUCGCACGAUUCACAGUGACUUAGAUUAGAAGCAACUGUUUGUAGUCCAGCAUUUGCCAAUCCAAUGUGCUACACGGCCUAAAAACUAGGACUCCAGGAAGUUCCUUGUGUUUCAGCUCGCAAAUGACCACAAAAUUACUGACUAGAAGAGAACAGACUGAAAAUCGAUUUACCUUGAGUUGGGACUCGUUAAUUAGUUUUUCAGCAUAUUGCAGAUUGGCUCAACGAGUGGAUUUUAUUGACUAAUUUACUAAUCAAAACUAUAAAAAAAAUUAUUGGACGUAAUUAGUUAUUACCAGCCCAACUUGAGCACUAAUAGGACAUUUUGCUCGUUAUACCUGUGUAAGUGUCAUGUGCGUGCGCAUUUCGCCGAGCUAUCUGUAGUCUUUUUUAUUAUUAUUCAAAGAUAUAAUCGAUGGCGGGUUUCUUUUUAAAAUUUUGUCAUAAUUUUGAUUUAAAAUUAGUAACAGCACCUCCUGUCGUCCAAUUCUGUCUCCAACCGUACUCGGUUUACAGCCCAAACUAGGCUCCACUCAGUCUUAUUACCAUCGCGAAUUAACUGAUUUAAUAAUUACUUGAUACACUGAUUGAUUGAUCCUUUGGUUCCCUGAAAGAUUUUGUAACUUUCUGUGUCAGAUACACCUGAGUUCCUCCUCGUCGCGAACCGUAAGGAUAUCCUUCGUGUUGAGCUUAACCCAGUUGCACACAAGACACUGGUCUCACGUCAGAUGGCAGCUGUAGCCAUCGAUUUCGACUUUGACACGGGAUUUAUUUUCUGGACUGACGUAGUCAAAGGCAAUAUCCAGCGCGCACCGGUUAAUAACGGCGAGAAUACGGAGGUGCUGAUAGAUGGUCUUGUAUCACCCGAGGGACUGGCUGUCGAUUGGAUGAACAAGAAGCUGUAUUGGACCGACACAGGGACAGAUGAAAUUGAAGUAGCGGGUUUCGAUGGUGGCCAUAGAAUGGUUCUGAUUGAUACAGGACUAAAAAACCCAAGGGCGAUUGUUGUACACUCCAGUGCUGGGUAAGCGUAGUGUUUGAUUCCUUAAUCUUUCACACCCUAACAUCAGUAUGCAUAUUCUCCAUACUGUUCUCUAUACAUUUCCUAUGGUAACGACAAGGAGAAUUUGUUUAACAAGCAACAGUUAUUCUUGUGACGUUAAUGUUGAAUUUUUUGAUGGUAUUUUAGGGGGGAAUUAGAUGCUGGUCACGCGUAGUGGUCAAAGUGUCAAGAGUGUUCUACUCUCCCAGUCGUUGUGUAAAUAUUUCAAGGAAUUUUUUCGUUCGGACAAAUUACCCUUAACUUAAAAUUUUAGUUCGUUAAGAUGGAAAAAAAAUGAAAAUAGGAGGAACAUGGAUGUUUAAAGACGGAUUGGACUAGCAGGGAUUGCAAAUGGCAAAUAUGAAAAUUUUAAGAAUAAAGGGGGUAAGUUUCUGAGAUAAUUUGUUUUUAAUCAAAUGUGUUGAUAAAGUCAAUUAGCCACCGUGGAUAGAUUCUAAAGGUGACAUUUCCGAGCGUUAGACGCCAUGUAAUUUGCGAGCUGUAAUUUCAGGAAAUGUUUUCAAUACACAGAAACCUAGAUGUGUAUUCUCAAAUGUCAAUAGUCUCUUUACCUAAUACACUCGUCCUUCGAAGGACGAAACGCCCAGGGGAACUAACCCUCGGGGUGGGGAGGGGGUGGGUUGAAAUGGAUCAGUUGCUUAGGGUAGGAGGUACUUGACGCCCACCAAAACCUUUUUGUAAACCUUUUUGGCCUUCAAGUACGACAAGCAUGUAGCCUUGCUCAAAGUUAUUGAUUUUUUUUUUAGUUACAUGUUCUGGUCUGAUUGGGGAAAAACAGCCAAAAUUGAAAAAUGCAGCAUGGAUGGAGAGAGUACGUCACGGAAAAUUCUCGUCAGUCAGAAUAUCAUUUGGCCAAAUGGACUAACAAUCGACUACAGUGAGGAUAGAAUUUGGUGGACUGAUGCACGAUUCGGCACGAUUGAGUCCGUGGAUUUAAACGGUGGAGAUCGGAAAGUCGCUUUGCGAAGCAGCCGUGCUCGGUACACCUUCGGUAUUUCACUAUUUCAAGACUCUAUCUUUGUAGCCAAGCGACAAGGAGGGCGUAAGAUACUUAAAGUCGACAAGUCUGGGGGCAAAAGAUCGGUGACCCUGCUACGAUAUCUAUACGGACCGCGGGGAAUUGUGGUAUAUCAUCCUUCAAGGCAGCCGGGAACAGGUCAGAAUUGUGUUUUGUCGAUGUGUUUAAAUAUGACCGAGUGACUUCUUGUACAGACAUUUGCACGUUACACAGUGUGUUUUUUAAGUCAUUUUUUACGUUUUCUUUUCCAUUUGUUGGCAUUAUUUUGGUCUUCUUUGGUCCAUUAAAUUGGUUUAUUCAGUCAGUCAUUCAUUCAUUCACCUACCCAAGCAAUCCUCAUUUCAUCCAUUAGCCACGAUGAGCAAGACACACUUUCUUUUUACAAUAUCAAUACAAUAUGAAGCAGACAAGUGACGAGAAUAAAGAAAAAUAUCAAGUAGGGGCAGAGUCAAUGGGCUCUUAGUUAAGGAUUAUAAAUUAGUUGAUCCAAUACCAAAUUCUCCGAAUCAACACGAUAAGAAUUGUAUGGCAGAGAGUAGGGAGAAAUACUAGUGAGAUCUUGAGAGUCGAAGGGUUAAGGUAUUUACGCGUUUAUUAAGUAAUCCUCUUGAUCUUUCAUGUUCUUUGGACUGUUUGUCGCUCUGUUGUUCUAACCGCUCUCUCAGCUCUCUUUUUCAAUUUUUAGUUAUCAUAAUGUUGUUUGUUUGGUUCCUUCAGUGUUAAUCGUGCUGAUCCAAGCGUACUUCUUUCUGUGUGACUUUGAAGCCCAUUUAACAGCUUACAGGUGUGUUUUCUUUGCAUAGGCAAUAAUCCAUGCAGUGACUCUGUGGUUUCCGGAGGUUGCAGUCACAUCUGUUUACUAGCUCCAAAAGAUCUCGAUCCAAAAGGUUAUUCUUGUCACUGUCCCCCUGGAUUGAUGAUGCUUCAAGAUGAAAAGACCUGCAUGUCCUCAGGUAAUAAUAAAUAAUCAGCUAUAGGUGAUUCAACGCCGUAGGCCUCAAUGUGUUAAUAGAAGACACAAGAAGCUGGUCCUUCCAGCAGCAGCACGAACUCUAGCGCUGUGUUGUGUCUUAUUCAGGGGGGCUAUAAGAAAUUUUAAGAAUUGUUGGGGACGGGUGGGGGGGACGGGUGGUGGCCACAUACCCCUGCAUCUUAUAGUUUUAAGGUGUGACAAUCUCUUACAAGGAAUCUUAAAAUAUAACAAAAAUAUCAUUUUUAACUUUUUUUCUUAGAUGCUUUAAAGUGCAAGGAAGGAAUGUGUCUCAAUGGAGGCACUUGUAUCGAGAAAGCAAGGGCACUUCCCGUAUGUAGGUGAGAGAGAUGUUUUAAGUGUUAAGGGGCCGAUAUUUCAGCAGAUUAUUGACUUAUUGAAACAAAGACUGGCACGAUCCAUUAUUGAAUAAGCUCAUCUGCUCAGGAAAUACUCAAGCAUUCUUUGAAAUAUUGAAAAAUUAAACACUGUGCAUCAGAAACAAUUUAAGGUUUUGGUAUUUAUAGUAAGUAAUCAAUACUAUUCUAGACAGGUUUCCGCACACUUUAUAACCUCUGAGAUUACUUCGGUUAUCACAUCGCUCAUUUCCACUAUCAGACGCAGUUAAUGAUGAGAACAAGGAAAAACUUCCAAGGGGAUAGGUUCUCAGAUGUACUUGUUAGAAGUAAUCCCAAAUUUUAGAAUAGAAGAAUUUUCAGUUGAGCGUCACGGUUAACACGGUAAUGCUUUGAUUUUGCUUUAAAUCACAUCGUGAUUAAUCCAAAAAACUCCCGCCACCCUCUCAGCCAAUCAGAUUUAAUCUAAUGCCGUUAGCGACGUGGUCACUUCACUUUUCCCGCGCUAUGAGCAUUUUCUUGCUUUUAUUUUGAGUCCUGAUUGGUUCCCUGAGAUAAUAACCUUUACUCUGGUUGGCUGUUGUGAUAACUUCGAUUAAUCUUUCAGCGAAAUGUUUUCUAUGGAACACAGUUAAACGCAGGGUAAACAGAAAUAAGGAACAAACUGUUAUUCUCCACAGUUGCCCUUCUGAUUAUAAGGGACCCAGAUGUCAAGAAAUCAGCCCGGUGCACAUCUCCACCACAAUUUCUCCCUCAACGAAACAGGACAGCUGUGAGCCGUUAACGAUACCUCUUUGUCGCUCUUUGCCUUAUAAUACUACAAUAUUUCCCAACUUUUUGAAUCACACAACACAAGACGAGGCCGCUCUUUAUGUCCACCAGUUUUAUCCUUUGGUACAAUACGGCUGCUCGGAGCAUUUAGGACUCUUCCUCUGUGCUGUUUACGCGCCAGUUUGUACAGUGUUAGGUUCUGCAGUCCCGCCCUGUCGUUCCCUUUGUAAUAGUGCAAGACUUGGCUGUGAAGAUGUGAUGAAACGUUUCGGUGUUAAAUGGCCAGAGAGUUUAAACUGCGAACGAUUUCCUGAAUUAGGUUCUGAAAUCUGCGUUGGACUCAAUGAAACCUUAGAACCCACCUCCCAGCCGCCAACUGGUGAGAAAUGUAAGUAUUGUUUUACAUGUCUUAUUGUUGCUCAAAGUUUUGUCUUUGUGCAUUCUUCUAAGUCCUUGUUUUAAAGCCUCAUUGAUCUUUUUGGAAGGAAAAGAAAAUCGAGAACACCAAGAAAGUAGACUUAUAUCUGAGGAAUGUUUGCCAAACAAUGUUCUUAUUUUCACAUGAGAUUUUUUUGGCAUUGUUAGGGUAACAACCUUCUUUAUUCCCUCUCUUCUCGUUUCCUCUCUCCAAGGAGGAAGUGAAAGAGAACUCGAGAGAGAGGUGACUAUAUGGCUCCCUGCUCCUAACCGAGAUUUACUGGUAUCCAGCCCUUAAUUAGGAGUUCAUCGGUUCAGAUCAUGAAUUCAGUUAUUUCCUGUGCUUCAUGACAUUCCUUUUACAUAAUUACAUCUGGUAUUUGUCCUCAGCUUCCAAUGGGUCUUGUCUGGCCAGUCAGUUCCUAUGUAAGGCUACAGAAGAGUGUAUUGACUACGCUCUUCUAUGUGAUGGUAACGAUGAUUGUGGAGACAACUCAGAUGAAGAUAUCUGUGAUAAUUCCACCGUUGUUUCACAUUGUGGAAGCAACGAGUUUAAAUGCCGUGAAACGGGAGAAUGUUUGAAAAACUUUCUUGUUUGUGACGGCUCCUAUGACUGUGAUGACAAAUCAGACGAAGAAGGCUGCAAUAGCACUGUUCCGUGUAGAUCCGAUGAGUUUAAAUGCCGUGAGUCCGGAGCAUGUAUUAGAAAACGUGCUGUUUGUGAUGGAUUGCUGGAUUGUAUCGACAAAUCAGACGAAGAAGGAUGUGACAAUGAAACCUCAUGUGUCGGUAAGCUUUUUCGAUGCAAUUCAACCAGAAGAUGCAUUGAUGAAAAAUGGGUUUGUGAUGGCCAUGCAGAUUGUGAUGAUAUGUUAGAUGAAUUAGUAUGCCCUACGACUGAAUUCUGCAGACCCCUAUUUCUGUGUCAGUCGGGUCCUCGUCGUUGUAUUCCCUAUCACUGGCUGUGUGAUGGAUCUAACGACUGUGGAGACAACUCUGAUGAACAGUAUUGCAGUUGGUCAGUUUGUCCAAACAACCAGGUUUAUUGUAAACGGCUCGGGAUGUGUUUGCCAAGCCGAUGGAAAUGUGAUGGUCAACGAGACUGCCCUGACAACUCGGAUGAAGCAGACUGUCCAAAUCUUCCUAAAUGCGGCGACAGUGAGUUCCAAUGCGUUGAUAAGUCUUGUGUGCAAAUAAGUUCGGUUUGUGACGGGAAAGUUGACUGUAUAGACAAAUCGGACGAAAAACUCUGCAAUUACACUCGAGCAUGUACAAGCAAUCAGUUCCAAUGUCAUAGCACCGGAGUUUGUAUCAACAAAGUCUUUGUAUGUGAUGGUAGUAAUGACUGUGGAGACAAAUCUGAUGAAGAAAAGUGUAACACCACCACGCCUUGCAGUAUUACCGACCAGUUUCAGUGUGGAACUACUGGAAGAUGCAUCAAGAAGGAUCUUGUUUGCGAUGGUUAUGAUGAUUGUGGAGACAACUCGGAUGAAGAAAAGUGUAACAGCACUCUACAAGGCAGCUGCGAGCCAUUGACGAUGCCCAUUUGUCGAAAUUAUAUGCCGUACAAUACUACGAUAUUUCCAAACUUGUUAAGUCACAGAACCCAAGACGAGGCAGCGAAGGAUCUCUUCCAGUUUUAUCCUUUGAUGAAGAAAUAUUGCUCGUCACAUAUUGAGUUUUUCUUUUGCACUGUUUACGCUCCAAUUUGUACUAUAUCUAAAACGGCAGUUCCUCCAUGCCGUUCUCUUUGUGAUAGUGCUAAAGUGAGCUGUGAAAGAUCUUUGAAAGAGUUUGGCUUCAAAUGGCCCGAGGUUGUAUCCUGUGAGAGAUUUCCACGAAUAGGAGAGAAGGAAUGCAUUGGAGUUAAUCCAACAGCACCCGUAAGCUCACCGACGGCGUUACUAGAGACCUGUAAGUACAACACUUGAAUGAUCUUAGAACGAAUAGCAAUUUGCAAUUGAGUGUCGAUAGGUAUUUGGGAUAGCUUUGGGUUUGCUUUAGCACCAGACAUUUUUAUUGGUUUAAGAAAUCACUCCCGCAUCUCAAGCAAUUAGAUAUUGUACUAAUACCAAUCACGACUUGUUUACUCCUGUUUUCCCGCGCUUCAGGACAUUUCCUUAUUUUACUGUGAGUUCACAUUGGUUUAUAAUGACAAUAUUGUUUUUGCGACACUCAAGAGCAAAGCGUUUCAUCCUUCAAAGGUAUUUUACUGUAUUUCUUUAUUCUUUAAAUAGCUUUUUUGUUUAUUAUUCAAACUUAGUUCAUGCUACAAAAUGUAGAAGUAAUUUCAUGGUUUAACGCCUUUUUACGACGGUUAAUUCCUUCUCCCUUUCCCAACAUGUUAUGUACUUUGAACGUAGCAACCAUCGUAACCAAAGCUUAUAGGAAAGACACAUAGAAUGAGAUUUGGGCUGAUGUCAACUCAGUCACAAUUUUGAGGAUUCUGAACCAAGGAGGUUCCUUUUUUAUCGUUUUUUGACAGAUGCUUUGAUGUGCACUAAAGAAAGUUGUGUUCGUGGAGGUACCUGUCUUGAAGGUUUCAAUCCAUUGCCCUUCUGUAGGUGGGUAAAUAAAUCGUGUUUAUUCAAUCAAUAGGUUAACCGGCCCCAUACACACCCUACAUCAGUAUGCAAGUUCUCCUUACUGUUCUCCUAACACAUCCUAUGAUUGUGACAAGGAGAAUUUUUCUAAAAAUCAAGAGUGUCAUGAGUUGACUACAAUUUCUUUUAUUCUUAUCACCUUUAUGUUUGAUAAAAGAGAAAGUCACUUCUCGAUGAGGAUUUUAUGGAAACGGAACAUCAAUAAUAACCUUUUAAGCUUAGCCUUUAAGGCAUUAGCGAGUGACCGAGAGAACGACAUUUUUCACGGAAACAUAGGCGAUUUCUUAUACCAACCUCUAAAAUAUCAAGUCCAACGAAACUUCCGUUAGCAAGCAGUGAGAAUUAUCGGUUUGAUCUUUUCACUAAACGUAGUAGUUGAGAGAGCCAUUUAUUCUCUGUCCGCAGUUGCAGAUGCGAAGAAAUCGUCAAGACGCUUCCGCCAGUGCACAUGUCCACCACAAUUUCUCCUGCAACGAAACAGGACAGCUGUGAGCCCUUAACGAUACCCCUUUGCCGAUUUAUGUCUUAUAAUACUACAAUAUUUCCCAACUUUUUGAAUCACACAACACAAGGCGAAGCCGCUGUUGGUGUUUACCAGUUGUAUCCUUUGGUAACAGUCGGCUGCUCGGAGCAUAUAAGUUUGUUCCUCUGUGCUGUUUACGCGCCAGUUUGUACAGUGUUAGGUUCUGCAGUCCCGCCCUGUCGUCCCCUUUGUAAUAGUGCAAGACUCGGCUGUGAGGGUCUGAUGAAACGUUUCGGUUUCGAAUGGCCAGAGAGUUUGAAGUGCGAACGAUUUCCUGAAUUAGGUUCUGAAAUCUGCGUUGGACUCAAUGAAACCUUGGAACCCACCUCCCAGCCAUCAAUUGGUGAGAAAUGUAAGUAUUGUUUAGCAUGUCGUAUGGUUGCUGAAAGUUUUGUCUUUGUGCAUUCUUCUAAGUCCUUGUUUUAAAGCCUCUUUAAUCUUUCGGGAAGGAAAAGAAAGUCGAAAAUAGGAAGAAAGUAGACUUAUUUCCGAGGAAUUUCCGCUUAUCAAUUUUUUAAUGUUCAUAUGAGAUUCUGUUGGCAUUGCUGGGGUAACAACCUUCUUUAUUCCCGCUCUUCUCUUUUUAUCUCUCCAAGGGGGGAGUGAAAGAGAACUCGAGAGAGAGGUGACUUUAUGGCUCCCUGCUACUUAACUCGACACGAGAUUUACUGCUAUCCAACCCUUGAUUAGGUGUUUAUGGAUUCAGAUCAUGAAUUCAGUUAUUUUCCUGUGUUUCAUGACAUUCCUUUUACAUAAUUACAUCUGGUAUUUGUCCUCAGCUUCCAAUGGGUCUUGUCUGGCCAGCCAGUUCCUGUGUAAGGCUACAGAAGAGUGUAUUGACUACGUUCUUCUUUGUGAUGGUAACGAUGAUUGUGGAGACAACUCAGAUGAAGAUAUCUGUGGUAAUUCCACCGUUAUUUCACAUUGUGGAGGCAACGAGUUUAAAUGCCGUGAAACGGGAGAAUGUUUGAAAAACUUUCUUGUUUGUGACGGCUCUUACGACUGUGAUGACAAAUCAGACGAAGAAGGCUGCAAUAGCACUGUUCCGUGUGGAUCUGAUGAGUUUAAAUGCCGUGAGUCUGGAGCAUGUAUUAGAAAACGUGCUGUUUGUGAUGGAUUGCUGGAUUGUAUCGACAAAUCAGACGAAGAAGGAUGUGACAAUGAAACCUCAUGUGUCGGUAAGAUUUUUCGAUGCAGAUCAACGAAAAGAUGCAUCAAUGAAAAGUGGGUUUGUGAUGGCCAUGCAGACUGUGAUGAUAUGUCAGAUGAACUAGUGUGCCCUACGACUGAAUUCUGCAGACCCCGAUUUUUGUGUCAGUCGGGUCCUCGUCGUUGUAUUCCCGAUCACUGGCUGUGUGAUGGAUCCAACGACUGUGGAGACAACUCUGAUGAACAGUAUUGCAGUUGGCCAGUCUGUCCAAACAACCAGGUUUAUUGUAAACGGCUCGGGAUGUGUUUGCCAAGCCGAUGGAAAUGUGAUGGUCAACGAGACUGCCCUGACAACUCGGAUGAAGCAGACUGUCCAAAUCUUCCUAAAUGCGGCGACAGUGAGUUCCAAUGCGUUGAUAAGUCUUGUGUGCAAAUAAGUUCAGUUUGUGACGGGAAAGUUGACUGUAUAGACAAAUCGGACGAGAAACGCUGCAAUUACACUCAGACAUGUACAAGCAAUCAGUUCCAAUGUCAUGGCACUGGAGUGUGUAUCAGCAAAGUCUUUGUAUGUGAUGGUAGUAAUGACUGUGGAGACAAGUCCGAUGAAGAAAAGUGUAACACCACCACACUUUGCAGUAUUACCGACCAGUUUCAGUGUGGAACCACUCGAAGAUGCAUCAAGAAGGGUCGUGUUUGUGAUGGUUAUGAUGAUUGUGGAGACAACUCGGAUGAAGAAAAGUGUAACAUCACUCUACAAGGCAGCUGCGAGCCGUUGACGAUGCCCAUUUGUCGAAAUUAUAUGCCGUACAAUACUACGAUAUUUCCAAACUUGUUAAGUCACAGAACCCAAGACGAGGCAGCGAUGGAUCUCUUCCAGUUUUAUCCUUUGAUGAAGAAAUAUUGCUCGCCACAUAUUGAGUUUUUCUUUUGCACUGUUUACGCACCAAUUUGUACUAUGUCUAAAACGGCAGUUCCUCCAUGCCUUUCUCUUUGUGAUAGUGCUAAAGUGAGCUGUGAAAGGUCUUUGAAAGAGUUUGGCUUCAAAUGGCCCGAAGUUGUAUCCUGCGAGAGAUUUCCACGAAUAGGAGAGAAGGAAUGCAUUGGAGUUAAUCCAACAGCACCCGUAAGCUCACCGGCGGCGUCACUUGAGACUUGUAAGUAUAACACUUGAAUGAUCUUGGAGCGGAGAGAAAUUUUCAAUUGAGUGUCUAAAGUAAUUUGGAAUAGCGUUUGGGUUUGCUUUAGCACCAAACAUUGUAAUUGGGCUACGAAAACCAACUCUCGCAUCCUAAGCAAGUAGAUAUUGUACUAAAACCAAUCCCCACUUGUUCUCUCUGAUUGCCCGUGCUUCAGGUCAUUUCCUUACUAUCUUAUGAGUUUCCAUUGGCUUGUAAUGACAUUUUAAGUUGUGUUUUUGCGACACUCAAUAAUAGAGCGUUCCAUUGUCAAAGAUAUUUUACUAUAUUUCUUUACUUUUCAUGUAGAUUGUUUUUGGUAUUCAAACGUCGUGCGCAGUACAAAAUGUAGAAGGAACACAUGCUUGCAAGCCUUUUUACGGCUGUCAUUUCCUUCCCCCUUUCCCAACAUGUCAUGCGCUUUUAACUUACCGACUAUCGUAACAAUAGAUUAACACUCAGAAUAAAAGUUAGGCUCCCUACAUCUAUGGAAACAUGUAUACCAUCUGAGACAUUGGCGCAACAUCCUUAAAAUAGGGUUCAUCCACUUUAGGUACAAUGCUUCCCUCGAUUUCUUGAUCAGAAAUACCGUGACAAAGUAAUAAUGCUAUAUUACACAUGGGAACAAGUCCAGUCUUUGCUAUCAUGAUACUGACUUCCGAUUGAUUACUUCCUUACCACCCAAAGUAAGAAAUAAAGUCUUGCUUGAUCAUGGCUUGCACUAUAACGUAACAAAACCCUAGAGGGGAGAUCUGAUGCCACUCAGUCGCCAUUGCAAAGAUUCUGAAUUGAGAGGUUUUUUAUCGCUUUUCCACAGAUGCUUUGAUGUGCACUAAAGAAAGUUGUGUUCGUGGAGGUACCUGUAUCGAAGGUUUUCAGUCAUUUCCUUCAUGUAGGUAAGUGAAUAAAUUGCGUUUAUUCCGUCCUAAUAAGCCUCUAAACCUGGACAUCAGUACCAAAGUUUUCCAUAUUGUUCCCUACACAUUCCUGUGGUUCUUACAAGGAAAAUUUGUCUAACAGUCAAGCGCAACUUGACUUGGCUACAAUUUCCUUUGUUCUCAUGUCCUUUAAGUUUGAUUCAAGGGUGCCAUUGUUAAAAUAAAUUAAAACUUCUCUCACUCAGGGGUUAAUGGUUUAGGAACAUUUAUUUCAACUGCUUUUAAUUUUCUGAAGCGAAGAUUACAUUAUCUCCGACCAAACUUGUCUCCGGUCCUCGUAGCGAUUACUGCAACUUAUGUAAUAAAAGAGAAAGGAACCUUUUUUGAUGGGAUUUUAUGGAAGCGGAACCUGACUUAAAACCUUGUUUAGCUCAGCCUUACACAUCAGCGAGUGAUCAUGAGAACGAAAUUUUCCAAGGAUAGAUUUCUGAUACCAAAUUCUCGAAUAUGAAGUACAAGAAAGCUUGCGUCGGCCAGUAACGAGAGUUAUCUUUUUGGUCUUUUCACUGAAAGAGGUAGUUGAGAGAGCCAUUUCUUAUCUGUUCGCAGUUGCAGAUGCGAAAAAAUCAUGAAGACGCUUCCACCAGUGCACAUGUCCACCACAAUUUCUCCCUCAACGAAACAGGACAGUUGUGAGCCGUUAACGAUACCUCUUUGUCGAUCUAUGCCUUAUAAUACUACAAUAUUUCCCAACUUUUUGAACAUCACAACACAAGAAGAAGCCGCUCCUUAUGUCCACCAGUUUUAUCCUUUGGUAAAAUCUGGCUGCUCGAAGCAUUUAGGGCUCUUCCUCUGUGCUGUUUACGCGCCAGUUUGUUCAGUAUUAGGUUCUGCAGUCCCGCCCUGUCGUCCCCUUUGUAAUAGUGCAAGACUUGGCUGUGAAGAUCUGUUGAACCGUUUUGGUGUUAAAUGGCCAGAGAGUUUGAACUGCGAACGAUUCCCUCUAGAAGGUGUAAGUGACUGCUUUGGAGUGAAUGGAUCGAGGGGACUCACCUCUCUGCCGCCAACAAGUGAGUUAAAAAAACAAAACUGAAAGAUCUUAUCAUCAUGAGUAUUAUCAAACAUACUUUGCUACCUUCGAAAUAUAUAAGUUUAUUCUUUGUGUGCCGUUCUAAAUUCUGAAAUUUCAUUAGCUUCCCAGAGUGUGUUCAUGGCCCAAAGUGACUGAUACCUACAAUAGUGACUUGAGGUCCCCUUUUCAUCCUGAGCGUAAACUUUAAUGAAUAUUCAAUUUAGUUACACCGCUUACCAUUUCGACAAUAAGUAGUAUUUUCACUUUUGUUUUUCUGUUCUUGCUGCGUUCAAAAAUUUUUCUCACAUCAUAACAGAACACAUAAUUCAAAACUGAAAUCGGCUAGAACGCUUACGGAGUAUCUCGACAGCAAUUGGCAGGUCUUGGGUUUAUUCCUAAUCAUCAAGUUCGUUCUUUGUCCCAGCUACGAUACACAGGAUUCGUGCGGUAUUCUACGAACAAACUCAUACAAUUGUUAUUUUUCUUCAGUGUCUAGUCGCUCCUGUCUUACCAGUCAGUUCCAAUGUACCAUCACAGAAGAGUGCAUUGACAAAAGUCUUGUUUGCGAUGGUAAGGAUGACUGUGGUGAUGACUCAGACGAAGACAGCUGUGGUGCCGAAUGUGACAGCAGUGAAUUUCAAUGCGAUGAUAGAUCCUGUGUCCUGAUAAGUGUUGUUUGUGACGGCAAAACUGACUGUGUGGACAAAUCGGACGAGAAACACUGUAAUUACACUCAAACAUGUACAAGCAAUCAGUUCCAAUGUCGUAACACUGGGGUAUGCAUCAACGAAAUCUUUGUAUGUGAUGGUAGUAAUGAUUGUGGAGACAUGUCGGAUGAAGAGAAGUGUAACACCACCACACCCUGUAACACUGCCGACCAAUUUCAGUGUGGAGCCACUGGAAGCUGUAUCGCGAAGUAUGUCGUUUGUGAUGGUAAUGAUGAUUGCGGAGACAACUCGGAUGAAGUCGACUGUGAAGAUGAUCGUCUUUGUGAUGCUGAUGAGUUUGAAUGCAAUGCAACAGGACGAUGUAUCCCUGCAAAAUGGGUAUGUGAUGGAGUCAAUCAUUGCUCUGACAGCUCAGAUGAGGCAAAAUGCGACAAUAUUGAGUGUGGCGAGGAAAGAUUUCGAUGUAAGUCCAGACCAGGAGUCUGCAUCUUAACCACAUGGAUCUGUGAUGGGCAGGAUGACUGUGGAGAUAACUCUGAUGAAGUGAACUGUCCCUUACCUGAAUGCAAUAGGGGAGAGUUCCUUUGCAAGCCUUCCAAGUUGUGUAUGCCUGUUAGAUGGAAGUGUGAUGGUGAAUCUGACUGUUCAGACAAUUCAGAUGAAGCAGACUGUCCUGAAUUUUCGUGUCCCAGUGGACACUUUAGAUGCAACAGUUCAGGAGGGUGCAUUCCAGAAAGAUGGGUUUGCGAUUUAGAUAAAGAUUGCAAGGAUGAAUCAGAUGAAGUUAACUGUGCUAAGACUACGUGUGAACCUUCGCAAUUUUCAUGCGAAACAUCUGGAAAGUGUCUACCAAAGGGAUGGGUUUGUGAUGGCCAAGACGAUUGUUCUGAUCGAUCGGAUGAAAAGAACUGCACCCGAAAUAAAUGUGGAGAUGAGGAAUUUUUAUGCAAAGCCACAGGUACUUGUAUCCCAGAGAAACAACGCUGCAAUGGUUUAAAUGAAUGUCAGGAUAACUCUGAUGAAUUGGACUGUACCUUGCCUGUUUGCAAAGAGGAUCGAUUUCUUUGCGGUUCCAGGGGUUGUGUGCCUAACGCAUGGAAGUGCGAUGGUGAUUCUGACUGCCCAGGCAACUCGGACGAAGUCAACUGUUCUAGAGUUGCUGAACAAUGUCGCAAAAAUGAAUUGCAGUGUAAGGAUGGUUCGUGCAUUCACAGCAUCUGGGUUUGUGAUGGCGAGCAAGAUUGUGAAGACAAUUCAGAUGAGCUUAACUGCACUUCUCCAACUAAAUGCGACGGGAAUGAAUGCGGUGAGUUGUAACAGAAGGAUUGUAGUCUUCCUGUUGUAGCUAAAGGAGAGCUAAAGCUCUACCUUUAUGGCAAAUACGAAAGGCUAAAUUUGAUCAAAUGUUUGUCUUUAUUCUUGAAUAAAUAUUACGUCUUUAAUGUUGUCGUUAUUUUAGGUCACACUUUGUGCGUAAAAAAUCAGUUCAUCUGUGAGAAUGGAAGGUGCAUAGAUGUGCAAGAAAGGUGUGACGGAAAAUCUGAUUGCUCUGAUGGUUCUGAUGAGGCAGAUUGUGGUACGUUAUUCUCAAAUUGUUAUUGUGUGAUACGCGAGACACCAUCAGUAAGUUCCAUCUUUUGUUACAUGGUCUUAAUUAGACAGAACCUCAGUGGCAGCCCUUGGGUCCUUCCCUGUAUAGGGCACGGUGCGGGUGGUGUUGUGGACCAGAUGCAACCAUGGUGCACGAUCGUGCUCCGCGUUUUACGUGUCCUAGAUAGUACACAAAGGGCCAGGGAUGAGCUCAUUCUCGUGUUGGUAAUAUGUCAAGCGAGAGGAAUUACGAAACAUUCCACAGUGCAGCCUGUCAUUGUAAAGUGACCUGAAUUGGCCUUCACGUUUUACCGAAACUCUAAAGAACAUGACGUAUUAGUCAGAUGCUCAUUUUCUUACUAUGUAUUACGUUGUUUAAAAUCAAAGUGCUCAAACGAAACCUUUCCAAUUAAUUGAUUGGUUGAGUCUAAGGGUUCAAGGACAAUGGCAAUCACCUUGUGCUAAUGAAUGAUUUAGUCUCUAGCUUCCGCAAGUGAUAAGUCAUUCCUGUGUUUUUGAUUUCCAGACGGGGAAAUCUGCCAAAUCCGAGGAAACUGCAGUCAAAGUUGCUCAGUUGACAGAGAUGUUUACAUCUGCAAAUGCUCCGAGGGAUACGAGUUAACACCAAACAACAAAACCUGCCGAGCUCUAGGUGAGAAAUGACCGGCCUAUGCGUCACUUCUCUGUGUAGUUCUCAGGCAUUGAGAAGCAGACGACUGAGAUGAGUUAUGAACAUAAGGAUCAAUUUCAGCUUCUGAGCAAUUACACACCUACCCCUCACCUAACCCAACAGUAGUCAACUGAUAACAAGUUACGAUUAAAGUUGGGUUAAGGGAGGGGUAGGUGCGCAGUUGCUCAAAUAUUGACAUUGAUCUGAACGUUACAGGACAUGGUCUUAUGAAAACAGUAUGGGAAAACAGCGAGAGAAAGAGAAAGAGAGAGAGAGAGAGAGAGAGAGAGAGAGAAUCACGGGAUGUAGGGAUGCUUCGUUUCUACUGAAGCAAGAGAAAAUCAGGGUAAAAUCAGAGAGGAAGGGCCUCCUUGAUAUACGUGAAUUUCAUUGCAUUUUCAUUUCGCUCGAACGGAUGUUUGUCUAUGAGACGUCUCCAGGAAGGGCUAAGCUCAAACAACAUAAUGGCUUGUAGUGAAAGGAUUGGUUUUGUUGCUAAAAACGACUCCAAGAAAUGUGCUUUUUUGCGAAAGUUUCAAUGCGUACAUUUGAGCGAAGUGUGGUUCCGUUUCCUUCCCAAACACAAAAUAUCGUUAGUGAAAUAGAUAUUUCUCAACAUUCGCCCUCAUUUGCCUUUCUGUCUCCUCGACUUAAGAAGGUGAGUUUCCCCUGCUGUGGGUUUGUCUUCCUCUACGAGCUCUCAUACCAUUUACCUCAGUUUACUAUUUAGCUAUUUGUUUAUUUGCCAUUUUAUCAAUUCUUCCAAUCUUUUACCAUUUCAGGCCCACAGGGAUUUGUUUUUGUUGUAAAUCGCGUGGACAUUCGCCGAUUCUCAAUUGACACACUAACUCCUGAGCUAGUAGUUUCUGCUGAUCAAACUAACAUCCUUUUUUUGGAUUUCAACUUUGAUACAAGACAUAUUUACUGGAGUGAUAGGAAAUAUGACCGUCAGGACAGUAUUCGACGAGCACCGGUUGAUAACGGCAGUGAUAUUGAAGUGAUUAUCGAGGGAAAUCUCGAGGGACCAGAAGGAUUAGCAGUGGACUGGAUCAACAAGAAGUUAUAUUGGAUUGAUACCAACUCGACAGCACCGGAGAUUGAAGUUGCUGACCUAGAUGGGAAAAAUCGGAUGAGUCUUAUCCAGGAAGACUUACAAAAGCCAAGAGCUAUUGCAGUACAUCCGUUUCUUGGGUAAUCACUUUAUUGGGAUUUUUUUUUUCCCGUACCUUCCGGCUGCUUAGGAACCGAAAAUUAUUUAUCGCGGGGAGGGGGGGGAUUUUGAUUGUGAUGCGUUAACAUUACCUUAUCCUCUACUAAGGCUCUGUAGAAUUCUUAUGACUCACCCCCCCCCCUCAUUUGCAAUUAAUUUUCAGUCAAUUUUUUAUAGCCCCCCUCCUUUUAUACUCUGUUAGCGACGACUCAUCCCUCCUCCGUUUUCCCCUGAAAACUACGUGAUCCCCCAAUUCCCCUCUCCCCCCCCCUCACGAUAAAUGAUUGGUCCCUUUUAUAUUUCUAUGUAAUCAAGAAUACAUUUGUUUCUUUUCAAUUGUUUAUAUAUUUUUUUGAUCGACUGUCGACCAUUUUUCACCUUUUUCUAGUUAUCUGUACUGGACUGACUGGGGUGACGCAGGUAAAAUAGAGAGAUGCGCUAUGAAUGGUGAUAGUGCAACACGUAGAGCUAUAGUGACUGAGAACAUAGGCUGGCCUAAUGGGAUCACAAUAGACUACACUCUAAACAGAUUCUGGUGGACUGAUGCCAAGCAACAAACCAUUGAAUCUGCUGACUUGAAUGGAAAACAUCGCAAAGUUUUCUUGAGGGCCACGCCUUUAGAACAUCCUUUUGGGAUUUCAGUCUUCCUUGACAACGUUUUCUGGACAGACUGGAAAACAUCGAAACUCCAUGUUGCAAAUAAGUUUACUGGAAAGGUUGCAAAUGCUGUUGUUCUGCAAAGGCCGAUGGAUGUUGUUGUGUUUCAUCGACAAAGGCAGCCAGUAGGUUAGUCUAAUCACACGAAGUCAGUCUUGUAGUAAUCGCAUGGGUUUUGCUUCACUAGGCCUCUUGAUUGGCCAAUAACAAGUCUAACCACUUAGUAGACCAAUCAGAUAAGAGUUCAAAAUCUUUUGCAUAGUGCUGGCCACGUGUAUUUUUCGUUGAACCUUAUUGGUUUAUCUGUCUUGUUACCGGUUUUCUUGAUUGGUCUUUGCAAUCGGUUUAAAUUGUAAGGAGAAAUUAUAGCCUAAUCACUGCUAGAAGGUAAGCGAUGAGCUCGAUUGUGUAGCAAGGAAAGCUUAAGGAAGCAUUUACAUACCAUCCUCUGGGAGUGAAAUACUGUUGCUCAGCUCACAGGGUUAUGCUCUGAAAAUAGAGGGUCACUUGGCUGGUAAACCUCUGUUAUUUCAAGAAGAAAAUGAUGAAGAGAGUUUUUACGAAAUUUCUAAAUCGUACCAAAUUCAUUUGAGCUUAAAGGAGAGACCUACUGGGAUGACCUGAUGGUUGGCGCGCAGGACAUGGGAUCGAAAGAAUAUGAUCCAAGGCUAGGGUCACUUGCUGCGUUGUGUUCAUGUGCACAGGACUUUACUCUCACAGGAGCGUAAAUGGGUACCAGCUAACUUUCAUGGGAAACCUGGUGACGUGCAGGGGGGGGUAACGUGCGAUGAAAAUCCAGGAGAAGCAAUAUUCUCAGUCAAUCAAUGCUUUAGAAAAUAAAAAGAACAAUACCUUGCGAAAAUUAUGAGACUUUUGCUGACUGAACCUCACUCAUUCCCGCUAAAACAAGCCACAGUUGAAUGAAAAGCGAAAGUUCAGUUUUAUGUGUCAUGUUUCAUUUGCAGGAUCCAAUCCUUGUGAUGUCCCUACACAGCUCGGUGGCUGCAGUCACAUCUGUUUAUUGGCGCCUGUCGACUCUUACCCACAAGGCUUUUCAUGCCAUUGUCCACCUGGACUAACACUGCUUGCUGACCAGAAGACCUGUCAUUCGCAGGCUCAGCCGCAACCCUGAGAAGUGGAGACUGGAGGAGGCGCAAGGGAGGGGGGGAGGGGGGGUUGCCACAAAAACUUUGCUUUUAUAACAAAUAUUUACCAUCAACAUUUCUAUGCUUAGAGUUAUUCUCAUUUUUAGUUUCCGAUAUAAGCUGGCUCACGAAUCUGCCACGUUUUUCUUGCAACGUAGACUUGGCAAUAUCUUCUUUUUCAGAGGACACUACACUAAAGGAACACGCCCUAAAAGUCAGUUAGCCAAUAGUAAAUUGUUACCACCGGACCAUCAUUUCCCCUGUUUAAAUAUACUCAGAGCACCUUUAAAAGCUUUUGCCAUUUAAUUGCUGUCAUCUUAUCCGAUAACAUUUACUGUACUCAGAGUAGGGUUGGUUUGCCGUUAAUGAAAGUACAUCAGUACAAUUGUUCGGCUGGUUACAAAUACACGCCCUCUCAUUAGUACUUUGUAUCUGUUUAUAGUCAACCUGCAUGAAGUAGAGAUUGUAUUUUUGCCUGUGUUUAAGAAUACAGUUCUCUUCAACCAUUACAAGGAUCUUCUCGUUUCUAUCUCGUCAAGUUCUAGUCACUCUUACAUUAAAUGCAAUCGUAAUUCAUGGCAGGAUUUUCGAAGAGUGCGGUCCUUCAAUUAUGCAUGUGCAGCUGUUUUUUUUUAUGAAUUAUUAAUUAAUUUUGACAAAUCUGAGAAGGAAGGGAGGGGGGGGUCCUCUGUUAGGGUCUUAUUUAUUUGAGAGGAAUACAGGUUUUUUUACUACUAUAAAUUAUCCCUUCAGCUUGACCAAAAGGAGGGUCUUGUACAUCCUAGGGUUCCUCCUCCCCCCUCUCCUCAUCUCUGACGCCUUUAAAAUAUUAAGAACAUCCCAUGUGGUUACUCGUAGGAGCUGUGGUCACGCAUACUGUGUUUACAAACACAAUACACCUGCUUAUGGUGCCAUGUGCGGUUUUUUCACUCGUGGCACCCAUUUACAGGUGUUUUCGCUAAUUACUUUUUAGGAAGGGAUCCUUAUUGAAUGUGAACAAAACACGCAGAAAUAAGUAUUGUUGAAGCACGUGCCACGCGUUAGGAAUCUUACUGUUAGAUAAAUAUCGAAUGUGUAGCAAUGUUUAAGUGUCUGUGGGAAUGGGAGACAGGUUGUUACGCCACAUUAUAAAACAAAACAAACCUGCUAAAAUUUACAUCAAAACUGAAAAUGUGACUCCCGCAAAACCGAAAACACUCCGAGGUAGCGUAGAAGAUCCUAAAAGAAAAAAAACCGAAAAACGUAGUAGAAAUCAAAUCUGAAAAACUAAAUAAUUUUUGUGCGAAAACCCGAAAACCGGAUCUUACAGAUGAUCAAAACCGAAAGAGACAAAAGUCUCAUUUUCAUGUGAGGUUAUUGAUUUUGGAGUUUCAAGUUUUGUUUUCAACGCAAGCCAUGUGUACUGUGUUCCGCUUCGGAACUCCAAUUGUUAUUAUUUUUACUUUCUUAACCGUCAUCGAUUACAUUUGGUUUUGUUUCAGGACUUCCGUUCUUAUUUCAGGACAUCCGCCCAGCUUGUUUUUGUCGAGGUCUGAGAAUGAAAUAGUGACCUUUGAACGAUACAUGUGAAAGUUAACAAUGCAUUAGACUGGUAAUAGUGUGGGGUGAAAGUUAACAACCUUCAGGCUAAUGUCGUGCAAUAUAAUUAUUCAGACAUUCUAACAGACAUCGAAAAUGAGUGCGAACACGUGGUUCGCGUGUCUCUAGACCAUUAGUGUUGGACGAAAAUUCUUGACGAAAAAAUUAUCUGAAUCUUGAGGAUACUGUAGGAAAAUUUGCUUGAAACACCUUGGAAUAUAUAUUCUAAACUCCUUUCUGACAGACCAUGUUCCAAUUCUCUACGUCACCUGAGCGCAUGAAGUGAGUACUGUUUUUUUGGCGAAGAACCGAUCACUCCCGGAAGGACUGUUUCUACCAAAUUAAUACAAGUGCAAUUCAAAUCCUAGCAUCUUUCACUUUGGAAAUCCACAUUUCACACAAAUUUCGCGUUGAAAAUUUCGUCAAGGUGCAAUACAAUUAGAGAUUGCUAAUUCUAUGAACAAUAUUGAAUAAACUAAAUCCAAACUGAGAAAUACCCGUGUUUCUCCGUUGUAAGAAAUAGUCCACUGAGGUAAUAGUCUAGUUGGGGUUGUAAUCUCGUCGCCAUAGAACAUCAUUAUUCAGUUUGCAAUGACAUGUUUACAUCUCUGCACGUGUUGCAGCACAUUAAACGUUUGGUGAAAAUGAAUAUUGAUUUGAAUGAAUGAGGAAUUUUCCGAGGCAGCGUUUGAAGCGAAAUUUACGAAAAGAAGCCCUUGACAGGAAUCAGGUGUGGCUGAUGAGUGGUACCAUUGGUCUACAUCGGCACUGAACAUGUAACUUCUCCCUAUAAUAUUCAUACAUUAUCCAGAAAACAGGUAAUGAGAAUAUUCAAGCUCAUCAGGUAGAAGUUCGAGGUUGUCUUGAUCUGACACUAAAUACUCGCAACUAAUUUUCAAGGAAUUGUCUAACAGCUAGUGGGGAGAAUUAAAAAUCACAUCUUAGGAGUUAAAGGGUUAAAAAACAACAGGACAACUGUUGCGUUCCACUUUACUAAAGCAUUUUUCUCAUGUUGUCUUUUUCUCAGAAAUAGGUCAGAGAAUAACAAAGAACCUUAAUUAGACUUACAGGACACGGGUUCGAGUUUUCAUUGAGCUUGUGGUCGGAGAAGGGAGAUUUUCUUAAACAUCCAACCACACACAGAAAGAAUUGAAGAAAAUACAGAACACUCCCGUGAAAUCGCUGUCUGUGUUUUUUUGUACUCAUUAAAUUACGAAUCGAUUGGCCUACGUUUUCUAGGUAGCAGUUGAUGAUGUUCGAAUAAAAAAACAAUCCAAUGAAUAAAGACAGUAGAAUUCCGUAGAUUCAUUUAAAUACGGAAAUCAGGAGUCCAUCGGGUAAAAGGCCCAUGGGGAAAUACAAUAUGUCACGAGAGGGCCGCCAUAAAUUAUCACAAAGGUCAAAAUACUAUCUGCUAAACAAACAAAAUUUCGUGAAACUCUGCACGAAACAUCAAUAUGUUCGCUGCUUAUGUGGUAAUCAUGAAUAGCUCUAUAAACAGAACGUGCUCUACGUGCUGUUUAAAGGAAUACUGUUGAAAGAAUUAAUAAACGAAAUUUGCUGUGUAAUUGAAAUAUCGUGACUGAUAUUUAUAGAUUCUAUUUGUUCUUUGCGAAUUCAUUUAUUUUAACUGGGUAAUCUUUUUCUGAAAACAAAAUCCUCUGAAUGCCGUUGAUUUCAACAACAAAAGUCUACUAAUUUCCAAGUUCAAAGUAUUCCAGUGAAUGAACCGAUAAAAAUUUGUCGAUCUUAACUGGGACAAAUUCGAGUUUAUCCUCUUACACUGAUCGAACAGUAAAUUAAUCUUCAUGUUUCCACUUCUUAACAGAUGGGUCAGUAGGUUAUUUUGCCGUGAAGAUAUUCUAUGACUUCUAUUUUCUUUUCGUUCGUCAGUUGAUCGUGUUUCCUGAUCCGAAUAUUUAACACUCUUAAAGUGAAAUACAGCCUAAAAAGAUCUUUGUGAAGUACAUUUAGACCAGAUGCCAAUUUUACUUAGUCUGCCUUUUUGUCUCCCUGAAUAAUUACUGAUUUUCCUAUUCAUUUUUGGAUAAGUUCCAACAGCUUAACAAACAUGUUCAUGUCAAUAUUCAUUCGCCAGUCACGACAGCUUUAAAUCGGACAUUUUUUGACCUUCGCCUUCCUGUUGUUUUCCUACACAGGAAAGUUGAUAUCUAAAAUCGAUGCUUUCCGCAGGGAGAUUUGCAACAUCUUGGGCUUGUAGGCUGCAAAACAAUGAUAUAGUUUCCUUUAGACACCGCUGGCUGCAAGCCAACCCAGAAAGCAACCGAAAGUUGUUGAUUAUCUCAGACUCCCACAGCUAAACCAUAAAUAUUCGCUAGAAUUACUUGAUCUUGUUUGGAUUAUAAAAAAAAAUGGACCCCAGCAUAACCCAGAACAAUUGGCUCUGGUACUGCUGCAGAUGAGUUCUCAAUUCUUAAAAUGCGGUGUUGCCGAUUUUCAUAAGAAAUAUGAUAGACCGAGAUAUGUAGAGACAGAAGCCAUAAACUUAAGGUAUUCACAAAUUUUUAAUUGGUGAAUGCUUAAUGUUAUAGUUUUGGAUGUCGGCCAUUAUUGAUCAGGGCAUACUCUUGAGGUUUCCUGACACAAACAAACCGGGCGUCAACGGAAGUAGUUUAGAAAACUAUAAGGUGCCAGAGCAUCAUUGAAUCAGCGGCGUUAGCAUCUCAAGGGACUGAAAAAGGAUCUAUGCAUCAAAGCGUUGAGUGCGGAUUAGCUUUUGGCCUCAACGCAGAAGCUUUGGAGGAGCUUUACUUUGGCGUCUGUGAUGUGUACAGGAUGAGGGUAUAUGUGACGUGUUGCUAAAAAUGGAUAUGUUACGUUACGUGAUCUAAAGGGAUUGUGCCUGAUACCUAAAAAGGAUCAGAAAAAGUUACAGCACAUAAAGUUAUUAAACAAAAUGGGUAGAAAAACGUGUUUUUACACUCAUUGCGAUCCUCGGUCAAACUUGUUCUUGAAAGUAAACUUUAAUACUACGUUUCACAGUCAGGAACACGUAGAUAUUGUAUGGCACUCUGAAGUGCGAGGGCGUAGAACUGAUACGUGAUGUGAGGAAAUAUUUACGACUUUUAAUCUGAGUAUUGCUGUUCCUUUCAUUUGAUAUACCAGAGCCGGACAUGGUAAGUUCUUGUUACGUAGAUUCACGCCCAAGUCACAUUGUAAGAACAGCGAAUUUGUCUUGGUUAACUCUUCAGUAAUCCGACGACGUUUAAAUGACCAGAUUGUGUAGCUUUUUUUUAUGAGAUUUGUUUUGCCAAGAGAAUAUUAACUUUAUAAACUUUAUAUGUUAUUUUUGGUUUUGCUACGUUAACAACGAUUCGACUUCCAGAAGAGAGGAUGGAAAAUAUAGCCAUCGUGUCUCCCCAGGAAAAGUUUCACUCUAACUGGCUGUGAAGACACCAGCAAACACUGUCAAUGUUAAGGGAAUGAUUGCGACUUAAAUUUUGGCCGCUAGACCAGCAGAACGUCGGAAACAAAUUUUAGGUAAUGAAAGAACUAUUCAGGCACGUCAUAAAAUAAGUUUAUAAGAGUGUAAAAAGGUCACCCAAAAGUGUUUUCUGGUCAGCAAAGCGAGAGAAGAUACUACUCUACUGAUUACGGACAGUUGCAUCUGAAAUCGGAACUGCCCAAUAUAGAAUCAAAGUAUCAGUGAAAGUGAUCACCAGUAAACAUUUUUUUUUUAUAAAGGAAGAUGUUUUACGUUUGUCUUCAACUCAGGAAAGGACUUCUACGUCAUACCUCGUGGAAACGUCUUGCUUAUUUUUCAAGGUCGUCAUUUUUGUGUUGUUGAUGUUUUUUCACUCACAUUUUCUUUUCCACUUCAAGGCGAGAGACGGUUUUGCUCAGCGAGGAAGCUGCUUUAGAAUAUUGUUAAGUCGCGUGUUUGAUAAGGUGACGGUUAUGGAAAACCGUUGGAUUGACGAAGUUUUUGUUGUAUUAAUAUCAACACAAUUUCCAGUUCUUUCGGUAACAAACUGUAAAUUUCAAGUUAACUCGACAUUUGACUUAUCUGAAACUAAUUCUACUUGUGCGCCAUUUUGUAAAACUCAUGUGGCAAACCUUGAAACAGAAACUAAGAUUGUAGCCUUGUGUUUCAGAUCAGCAUCUUAACUUUCAGUCCCUGAACACAUGUAGUGAAACAUUUUAGGGAAAAAUUAUCAAUGAUAUAUUGAUAUUCCUAAACAAUUUCGCAACUAGAAAGUUCGCUUCCUUUCAGAUCUGUUCCACUUCAUCAUAGGAGACUUUUGAUCCCCAGGAAUAACUGUUCAUAAAUAAUAUAAUAUUUGUAUAUUUCAAUAUUGAUCAGCUAUGAAACAAAAAUGUUCCCAGCACUGUAUAAACCGUAUAAUUCUCGAUUAAUGCGCAAAUUAUAACUCCAUGAAAUCACAAUGCCAGAGAGGGUCAGCUCGUUUUGAUCUAAAGACCUAAGAAAUUUUAAUGAUAUUCCGGUACAAAACUGAAAUAAAAUGGCUUUGAACUCAGGAGACCAUGAAAGAAUAGCCUUGAGCGAUUUUUAAACAACAGGAAAUAAAAAAAUAUCCAAAUUUCUCCGCCGAUUUGGCGCCAGUCAAAGAAACCUCCUUAUGCGGUUGUUUCAAACUCACGAAAGCACACGGAAAUCGUGCAAAUCCAAGCAUUUCUGUUUGAUAGUUUUACCUAACAGCUGUACUAACAAAACCAACUUGGUCUUUCAAUCAACCAUUCCACGCCCUCGCACUGCCCUCGGACAAAUUACCAAAGGUCUCUGAGACUGGAUUCAUCUGAAAUACGAGAAGUACUUCCUUUAUGCUUUAGAGUGUUUAACCAUUUCCGCCGGCCUUUAUGUAAUAAAGGGCACAACAGAAAUACUACUUACACUAAACGUUUAAUGACGACAUUGAAAUCUGUCAAAUUGGUGAGUGCAGUCUGUAGUUAUCGCAGAUAAAUUGGUUAUUUAGGGGUUGAUGAAUAAUCUUGGAGGUAAUACUUUUAUUUGAUUCACACUUACGAAAUUUUUUUCAUCCGAAGCUAUAAUGAGUAAAUGAUUGAACUGAGCAGAGGCUUCUAAAUUUAUUGAGGGGAAUCCUCAUAUCGUCGAGAUCGCUUUAUUUUGACAUGGAUAUGUUCUAUGUUCAUAAGUUAUGACUAAAAUGCAAAUCGAGACUUUCAUGCCAACAUCCGCAGGAUUUCUGUACUCGAUUUAUUUAUAACAACUCAAAAAUAAUGAAUAAUUUUCAUGUUUAAUGUCACUUUAGAUUAUUUUUCUCUUUACGGUUUUCAUAUUAGUGGUGAUAAAAACGAAGGUUGCUCGCUGAUAAAUUUCCAGACAAAACCUUAGAGAUCUUUUGUAUCGCAAACAUAGACAAAGCAUUAUUAUUUUGAAGUGUGGAAAUUCUUUAGAAUCUUUUAUACAGUCGAGCGCUUGUGAGCAGUGAGCUCUUUUGAAAUGACCUCUGGACAAAACAGUGGAGACCCCGGCUCAGUUGUGGGUACGUGAGUAGAUUUCAAAUAGGAGGCCGUACCGACUAUUGUUAACCAAAUCAGUCAUUUCAUGCAUAUUUAAAUCAGCACAUGGCAUACAUGGCAUGGCUUGUCCGUGUGCUGUAAGCAGCAAAUACUCAAUGAUUUUUCAAUGAAUUUGCUGUAUUAAGAUGCGUUAAGACUCGUGGAACAAUUGAUACUAAGACGUUGUCCAUAACACGAGUGAGUGGAAUCCCGGAGAUACCCAAAGUCUCGUGUUUUUCCUCGCUGCUAUAAUCAACAGAGUAUUACAUUUACAACUCAGGGUAUGUUAAAAAAUUUUUCCAAUCGUUAAGACUUGUUAUUGUUUUAUCAGAUACUUAGCAAACCUCGUGAUUUAGUUUAUACAUAUGCCGGACUUAAGAAAUAUCCCUUUACUAAAAAGCCUUGGUCAAACAUUCUACAAAAUUACCGCAUACCGUUUCUGAGGGUUUAAUGUUUUGAUUGAUUAUGCACUGACUGGUCAAGACGUGGUUUUUAUUUAGACUAUUUAUAUCAUGACCUCAAAUGUCAUUUACGAAAUCGUUCUGUUAUCAUAUCAUGUUAAAAUGCUUGCGUCAUAGAACCUAUAGCGGCCCCCGGGAAGUGAACCGUAUAGCUACCUACAAGAAUGCAGUAUUACGUUUCGUGUCGUUGAUUUUAGGCGAGUUUCGUUGGAUUACAUCUCGUAUUUGUGUGAAUCAUCUGGUCAAUUCAUCGAUUUAAGGUUAUAGCGUUCGAUUAAAACUCUUCUGGUGUUCCGAAGUGUCAAAAUCUUUUUCUGACGAUUUCGUGAUUGCACGUGAUUUUGGACAGCAGUGAAUACGUCGUUCUUGUGUCUUAAUACUCGUUCAUCUUGGGUCCCAUCGAUUUUUUAAGGUACGUGGUUAGUUCUUUAGGGCCAGUGUUUCAUUGUUAGUCACAUAAACGAUCUUAUUCGUAAAUGGUGGAUUGAAAACUUUGCUAAAUUCUAUUUCGUGCCAGAUACGAAAUAACGAAAUUGCGCAAAGUUAUAGAGCCCCACUUCAGUCUUCUCAAAAUCAUACCAUUUGAUUGUAGACGGAAUGCACGAAUUUAGCCUUAAGUAACGCUGUAACUGCAAUGUAUUCACCAAUCACGAGUUCAUCUAUGGUUUAAUGUCCAAUUCUUUAAUUUAGCAUCAAGUUGAUCAUCUUCUCGAGGAAACUAUCACAAUUUGACGACGACUAUAUGAUUAAAUCUUCCAAGAUAUUUCAAAUGAGACGUUCUCGCAGAUAUAAAUCUUACUAACUGACAGGAACAUUCUUCAAACAGACUGAAUAUUUCGCAUUUGAGCAAAGGAGUGGUCGAAUCUUUCAAUAUCUUUUAGUCUUUUGGAGAAUGUGUUCUUUUAAAUUGGACAAAUGUUCCUCAGGAUAAGAUUUUAUAAAUUGUGUAAACAACAUCAAUAUGGAUAUCUUACUCACGUGAUGGCGAAGUAAAAGAUGUAUUUGUAGCGGCGCCUCAGUGACUUUCAUCGUACAUCUGCUAAGUUUAGAUUUCAAUAAGUCACUAUACUAUCAGCAGAGGUGCCCCAAUUUUCUAUAAGUUACGCCUCCAGGAAGUUCGGAUCGAGGUUUCGCUUUUCGUGGGUUUGCUUGUGAAUGAUCACUGUGCACGAAGCAACUCUGAUAUUUGGAGAAAUCAGCGCAAACUCGGCAAGUUUUUGGUCACAGUUUGUUUAAAUUCUUACAAUCUCGAGCGGUAAUUGUUAACUUGAUCAGCAUUUUAUCGCAAAUAUUCUUUGUUCCUUAUGAUCGAUUUAUUUGCAGAUUAAUUAUCGUUUUUUUCUCUUGAUAACUAAUUAUUGAUUAAAAAGUUAGAUCAAAAAACCUUUUUAUCUAACAAUCUUUUUAUCGUUUCUCAUACAAUCUUUAUUUCCUUUGCUGUCUCUUGCAAUCUGAUCAUAAGUGACCCUCUAAGUACUUAGCGAGGGUGAAAAAUGUUUGGAAUUUUUUCAUAUGUUUCAAUUCAUGUUUUGUCACUCCAGUGGAAACAUUGUCUACAAAUUGUUAAUUGGGCCAUAAUAAUUUCAAAAACUUCUCAACUCUUCGUUUAAGUUUGUGAAGAGCAGAAUGAUGUACAAAAUGCUGGAUUUGCAUAAAACCGCAUUAGAUAUUUCCGGUGUGUCGGCGAACCACUCGGUGGCGAUGUAAACAACAUCGUGAAAACAAGUAUAGCCGGUCAAGCAGGGAUAGGUGUCAUCAUAAUGGCCGUCUUUGAACCUCGUGUGGCAUACCCGCUUUCGAUCCAUCAAGCUCGUCCGAAACUUUAUUUAUCAUGUUGAAAAACCGACAAAAAUGUGUGCUACAGCUUAAUGCAUUAGAUGAAAUGAGCGUUUAAGGUAUAAACACUUCGUUCAUAAGAGAGAGUUAACUGAAAAGUGGAUUUGGCAAGAUUACCUGAAGUAUUAUUAACAUGGCAGCUUAGGUCGCGAGCCCGUCGGCCUAAAGGUUAUAAUUUGCAUCCAGAAAAAUAUUAGUAAAAUUUCUGGAACAAUUCCGUCUUCUUGUUGUGAUGCAAGUGAUUUUCGUCUCUUAGUAAGUUAAAAAUAGAAUUUAUUUUUGGUGAUUUUUUUAUGAUUCAAAUGGUAAUCGAUGAGUUGAAAUUUUUACUUGUUCCGACACUUUUGUGCCUCUUCUAAUAGGGUUGACCAUUUUACUCUGUGAUAAAAUGAGUUGAAGAAAGAUGCUGGAUUUCUAUUCAAACGAUCAGAACAACUGAACGCAACUUGGUCGAACUUUAAUUCAGAAGUUGAAGAGUUAACAAUAAACUAUUUUGGAAAUGGUUUUAUUUUGUCAAUGUCAUCAAAAUUUAAAGGGUGGAAUUUGGAUCAAUUUUCUUUGACAUGUGGGAAUAUUUAUUUUUACAGAAAUUGCUUAGGGAAGAUCUUAUUUUCCACAUGAAAAGUAAUCAGUAGCUUUAGUUUCAAAGAUCAUAUCUCUUUCCAUGUUGGAUGAUAGCUAUUUUGGGAUGUCUCUCUCAAACCAAAAGCGCUUUAUAGUGAAUACAUUCCUUCGACAUAGAACGUCAAAAAAUGUCCCGUGAGUUCUCGGCGUUUUAUGACGUAUCUUCGUGGAAGAAAACAAACAAUUUGUAUCUGUUUACAGGUGCAUCUUUGACAAGAAUUGACGCGAUGGUCACAUUUUGACAUUGAUGUUUUCGGAUAAAUGAAAUUUUUGUCUUCUUUGCAAUUGUUAGAACUCAGGAAUACAAGGAUGCAAUAGAAAAGAGAAAGAAAAGCGAUCUAAUAGAACCCCUUUUUAUCAACUGAAAGUUUUUUUUUCAAAAAAACCUGUAUGUUACGAGCUCAUAAGCGUGCUGUACAUUUGCACAAAAUUUUGCUGACUAAUAUGUUUUGAAUAAGCAAUGAAAUGGUAGCAUCUUCAUAAAUAUCCCCAACGUUAUCGGCUCAUCAUUUCAUGAGGCAAUCAUAGGACUCUAUGAGUAAUAAACACGUGCAUUUCGCUCCUUUCAUAAGAUUUCAUCAUCAUCCAACUUCUUGAAUAUUUCGUUUUGCCAGUUUAAUAUCAGUUAAAGAAAUUAUUUUGGCACAAGAAUUUGAAUGUUACUCCAAAGAAAUCUGAACUUCAGCAUCGAGACAUCUCAACGAAAUUACUUUUCAUCAUUUAGAAUAUUACUAUUUUUCUCCGCAACAAAUUAGUUCAUAAGUUUUUUAAUUAUCACGUUAAGGUUCGAGUAAAUAUUGUGGAUGUAGAAUUAAAAUUUUUCCACAAAUUAAGAGGAUUUGGAGAGUGUACCUGGCUUAAAUCCUGGCAUGCGCAAAUACGUUGUAAUUUGUUUACUUUCGUCUCCAUUUGGCUUUCGCGUUUUCACACAUCUUCGGCCCCCGAGGAAUACACGAGAACAUUCCGGAAAUACCAGCGAUAACCGCUGUCUAUUUCAUGAGUUUCCAUUGGUCAAAUUGAGAUCACAUGAUCUAAGUUUGACCAUAUUUGGAUUCAGUUUUUCGUGUUUUAGCAGCUUUCCCGCCAACGGGUUGGUAUGUGUGACAACAACAAACGUCAGACUCGAGUUUAGAGUUCAUGUGUUAUUCCGACGGAUUUACGGGCUAAAUGUGGUUAAUCUUGUUCCUUCGACCCUAGAAUACGCUUUCCUCGAGAGAAUCUUGGACAUGGCAAGAUCGUGGAGGAACGUGAUCGAGCUUUUGGUCUGUGUGUGUAUCGCUUUGGAUUUUGCUCAAACAAUAGGUGAGCGUAUAUCGAUAAUCUCUCUACGGUAGUUAUGUUUUGUUAUGAUUUUCGUUGUCGUAAAAUGAAAUUUUCAAAAUGGAUCUCGAUGUCUUUUGCCAUCAUGACGAAUAAACUUUCUUUCUAUUGCAUACUUUAAUUCAUGAUCUUCAUUGAUAUCAUGUGGGAAAAUGGAAAACAGCGAAUUCAAGAAGACAUGGUUAUGCCACGAAGUCGUGGGAUCGUAAAAUCUCGAAUAUAGCAACUUCCCUUCUUUUCUUUCAUUGUCUUCCUUUGAAGACACUCUAUAAGCAGCGUCCAUAAUUUCCUUACGAAACGUAGAAUAAGUCAUGUACGACUGAUGUUCUCUACAUGAUUACAAUGAUUCAACGGCGGUAAGUAGUAUCAUAUGUUUGCCCUGUAGUCUCGUACUACUGCGUACAGUACUCACUGACGACCGUCCUUCGAUUUCAGUUGCAGAGUUUCGAUGUGGUAAAGAUCAGUUUGCUUGUGGCAAUCAGUUAUGUAUUCCUGAAAAUUGGAAAUGUGAUGGAGAAGAUGAUUGCGGAGAUAACUCCGACGAGAAGAAUUGUCGUAAGUUUUCGCUCUUUUGAUGAUGUGUAAAAUAGAACCCGCUUGUUGUUAUUGUGAAUUGAAGUGGUGUGCGUUGCUUCACUCGUUUGCUGAAACCGUGGUAGAUCUUUCUCUUUCUUUCCUUUCUUCUCACCUUAAACCUUUAAAUUAACGAGAUAGGCUUUAAACUUCAAGAUAGGAUGAAGAAUUUCUUCUUUUGCUGUAAUAGGAAGAAGAGUCGUAACGCAAAAGAGCGUGUCCAUCUGUUUGGACGUGGAAAUGCGCCAUUAAUAGUAUAUGAAUGAAAAACGAUUGGAACGAAAAGUUUAUUAGAAGAUUUGCUUAUGUCUCACUUAGAAUAUCUCAUGUAUUUCUUUUAGCGGGAUGAAGUAUGUUUAGUUUGGUUUUUAUCCUCAGAGAAACAGAAUAAGCAUGUGUAGAAUCAACGUUUUCCAUUCCUUCGUGGGUACGUGGAUUAUCUAAGCACUAGUUGCGUCUGUGAUUUUGCUUUCCACAAUACGGCCCAGAGAUUUUUUUAUGUUUUUACUACGUUCUCUGCGAUUACUUUCAAAGAUUUUGUGGUCGAUUUUGGCCGUCGAUGGACAAUCGCGAUUAAACUAGGCAAUUUUCAGUGAUUUUUAGUUUACGAGUCUUCACUUGUUUUUGUUCGUCGUAGUCACUUUCCUAUUUGCAUACAAGACACAAGCUCAGGCGGAACUUCAAACAACUCCUAAUUCUUCAUUGGCUGGGAGAAUAAAAAACAUUGGUAAACAGUUCGGCAAGGUUGUUUAUUAUUUCUUUGCCCAAUGGGGUUUUUUGUUCUCACGCUAAAUGUGCGAACUUACACAAAAGCCCCACCGCCCUCCUUCAUUUCACUGCGAAUUUCGUUGUCUGCGACGUUUAGUCUCCAAUUUUUUUCGUCUCCCACGCCAUUUUUGCGCUCGGAGUUAGUUGUUGUGGUAACAAAUGAUUUGCAGGCGUUUUAAUCCUUGCCAUCGCCGAUCUAAGAUCGAGGCGUAAUGUUGUUUCAACAUUUAAGAUACUUUCGCUGAUUCUUUGACGUUCCACCCCACGUUCCAAAGAAGGAAUUGCUUUCGUGCUAACCAAAAAAUGUUCAAUAUUUAUUUUGCUGAUAGCGAGAUGUGACAUUUUCUCGUGAAAUAUUCCAGCGUUGGUUCAAAGGUCUCUGUUCAGUCCUUUUUAUUAAACUUAAUGGUAAAAGACGCCUUUUACUUAAGUCUCCUAGCCAUACAUCAAUCCAGACUAGUGCCAAGGUACAUGCCAUUGAAAGGAAAUCUGUGUUCACCACACACACAGUGCUCUAUGAAUUAUGUUUCUAUCUUGUGAAGUUGUUCUUUUUAAGUAGGAGAAGAAAAAAUGUUAAUCUAGUGACUACGAAUCACAUGACCGUCUCAGCUAGUAAACUUUGAAAUACAUGCUCCAUUCAAUAUGAAAAUUUCCUGAGAGAAAUCGUGAUUUUGCAACGUGACUCAAGGUUGAUAUUUCAUUUGUAGCUUACUGGUGUCUAAAUAUUGUUUUUACUUAUAAUUACAACUGAACAAGGGGUCGUUACGUUAUAUAAAUGGUUCUUUGAUUGAAAGAGUUGAAAUAAUUUUUUUUAACUAGGAAAAAUUGUUUUUGAAAACAUCAGCUAAAGAGAAAAAGCUUGUUAAGUGGUUUAGUUUUUCCUUCUCAAUCUUAACUAAGGAGGAUCAAACCAUUUUCACACCAGCAAUAAGUUGUUUAUCAGUCUCAGGUGCCAGAGUGCAAAAAGCCAUUUAUAAAGCCAUUAGUUAAAUUUUAAAGUAAAUGGCUAUUUAGAGUUUGUUUUGAAAGCUAUCUAUAAGUAUUCAGGGCAAUCACUCUAGUUUUGUUUCGGUAACCAAGCAGAGUAAUUAUGUUAGAAAUUCUCUUGCCUUGGAAUGGAGAUUGAUGUCUUGGUAGCUAGGCUAGAAUGUGAAAAUGAGAAAUGUUCUUGCCCUGUUACUUUUGUUUUGUGGAGUAAAACCAGGAUCUUGGCACCUUUUGCAGACUUCCUUUUCCUAUGAUAAAGUAAAACUUUUUAGCCUGAGAAAGAUUGUGUUAAGGUUUGAAAACCAAGUCAGCUUGGUUGAACAGAAGGUGGGAUAGUGAGGCUGUAAAUUAUCUUCAACACUGAUGCUAGUGACCAUGUAGCAUUCAAUUAUGGGUAAGAGAUAUCUAUGGCAUGAUAAAUAUUGUUCAGAGCAUAAUAACAAGACUGGCACAUAUGUUUAUUUUAUUUUGUUCUUAAUCUCUCACUGGUGGCCAACUUACUAUCUAUCAUCAGAUAAAUAAUAGCAUUAUCACUCUGGUUGGAAUGCUAUUCUUGUCUUUCCUUUAAUUUAUUUUAAGUUGUGUAUUAAAGAACUUAAUUUUUUUGUCUUAUAGCUGUUAGACAUUGUGAUCUAAGCACAAACUUUGCGUGCAAAACUGUAGACCGUUGCAUUCCUCUGAGAUGGGUGUGCGAUUUCACUGAUGAUUGUGGGGAUAAUUCUGACGAACCUGCAAACUGUGGUAUGUAAUUAAAAAUCGAUUUACUAAUAGAUAUCAUGUUGCCAUGUCUGUUCAGUAAUAGGUCACAGGUGACGUCAAUAUGGUAAGAACAAAGAAUGUUACUGAUAACCUUACCAAAUUUUGUUGUCCCCUGUGAUCUUUAACUGAACAGAUGCUUGAAACAUGGAAUCUAUUUAUUUCAUUUAGUAGAGAAACUAGAUGUUGUUAAUGGUGAUGUCAUUUAUGUGUCUAUUCUCUGAUAGAACAUAUGUAAGAACCAAUCAUACAUACAUCACGUGUACAUAUUUCAGCUUAUUAUGUAACACAGUAUAUUAAGCAGUUGCAGGAAGAAAACUAUUUUAUUAUGAGAAAAUUAAAUUCAUAUCUUUUAACUGUCACAAAAUAGCAUUAUCACUAUUCACACAUGUACAAGCUUCUGUACUUGUUUGAUCACUCUAUAAAACAGAAAUUACAUAAAUUUGAUUGGAUGCUGAUAUUGGGGACCCUUUGUGCAUUACUGAGUGUAUAGCCUCAGGAAAAACUAAUGCUAAGAGAACAGCUUUGCAUUAGUUUAAAAGGGCUAGAGGUACAAAUGUAGAUUAACAAUCUAGUGCUGAUGACAUUGGACAAGUAUAAAUUUCUGUCACACUCAGGGUUGUCAAAAUAAUAUGGCAGUUGGUGCAUUUUUCCUUCUACCCUGGAAAAUGGGACAGCUAUUCCAAAUGUUUUUGGCUCAAUUUUCACAUGGAAGCAUUGCAUUGUGCCACUUUGUAUUACAGUUCCAUUUCUCAAAAUAUUGUGUAAAACCUCGCUUAUUGUCAGUGUCUUUCAUCAUUUGGAUCACAGUAGAUGCUAAUCUGAAACAUUUUUGUUUGUAGCCCAAAGAACAUGUUCAGAGAAUGAACAUGCAUGUGGAAAUGGUCAUUGCAUUCCAAUGCGGUGGCGCUGUGAUCGGGACAAGGAUUGUAAUGAUGGUAGUGAUGAACGAAAUUGUGGUAAGGUGUCAUUAUCUGCAGCACACCAGACAUUUGAGAGGACAUUAACAAAGCGGCCGAUUAAAAUUAAACCAUUUAAAAGAUUUUUAAGCAUAAUAUGAAACGGAGUGCGAAUUGCUUCUAGUUUUGAUAAGGUCAAUUGAAAUUGUCAAGAACUAAUUUGAAACAUUAAAAUUGAGUGAUCCUUGAUUUUUUUGAGAAGUGAAUUUUAAAUGAGUCAUCUUCAAUAUCAGCCUUUGAAUCAAUGUCUUGAGAAAUUUUAGGAAUCUUGAACACAGCAAGUAAAACUUUUGUCACUUAAGCUACUACUUGGAAAUGUCACACGCAACAGAUUUCAUUAAAAUUUUCAUUUUUACCUAAUUCAAAUUUCAAAUUUUGUGCAUCUUCUAAGUGGUUCAUAUGUCUGGUAAAUAACUCUAUUUCACAACUUUUGAUCAUUAUUACUUGUGAUUUUGCCAAAGUAAUGUUUUAAUUUUAAAAUUAGGUAUUAUGUAUGAUUAAAUGUUAACUUUGCUACUACUGUAUAUGUUUUUCAUGUUGAACAGUCAGGUUUAUCUAUUUUUUUUAGUAUGUUUAAUUUAUUAAACUUGUUUGAUUAGAUAAUAGAUAUAAUUGUAUGCCUUGUCUGAAAUACAUUGUCAUCGACAUUUAGUUAUUUAGAUUCUUAAAUGUAAUAUUUAUGCCUAGACAAGAGAAAUAUUUUGAUUGGAUAUUCCCAUAAAUGAAAUUUUGACCAUCAGGUUUUAUUUUCUGUCAUUUAAAACAUUUCCCUUGUUCCCAAAGUAACCUGUUUCAUUAAUAUCUGUGGCCAUGAUAAAAAAUUGAAGUUAAACAGUCAAGUACCAAACAAUUCACUACAAACACUCCCUGUAAAAGUGAAUAAAAAAAUAAGCAUUUAAACCUUACUAUGUCAUCCUCUCUAUGUCUGGUGAUGGAAUUUCCAUUAAUCUGUGUUUUGUUCAUUUUAUUUUUUGCUACUCUUCUCUGAAAAAAAGGACCAAUUUCUUCAGGUAACAAGACUUGUAAUGGUAAUGAGUUUACCUGUUCAAAUGGCAAGUGUAUCUCGCGUAGCUGGCGGUGUGAUCUCGAUGACGACUGUAAAGAUAACUCAGAUGAAAAAAAUUGUCGUAAGUAGUAUAUGUUUUCUUUGGUGAGCACUAUUUGUGACACAACAAGCAGUUGCAGAAUUACUCUUAACCCUUAAACUCCUGAGAUCUGAUUGUUAAUUCUCCUCUCUAGCUGCUAUAUAUUUCCUUGUAAAUUAGUAACCAGAAUUUGAUGUUAGAUCAGGAUAAAUAUUUCUUCUUGCUAAUUUUGAGUAUUCUUAUUAUGUGUUUGUGGAUAAUGUAUGGGACACAGUGUUUCAUAGGGAAAAGUUACAGGGGUUAGGGAUCUAGAGUAGAGUAUCUAGAGUUUAGAGUAUCUUCUUAAUUAGGGGUUCGAAAUUUCAUCACAAACUUUGUAAUAAUAGAUAUUUUACUGUGAUUGUUUCACUACUUUUCUCUAAUUACAUUACCUUAAAUACUCAUCCCAGCUAAGGGCCUAAAGGUAACUCACAUGUAAUCUAUGUUUCUGUCUGGGCACUUACAGCUAACAAGACAUGCAAACCAACAGAGUUUACUUGUAACAGUGGACGGUGUAUAAAGGGGUCCUACAAGUGUGAUGGGGACAAUGAUUGUCAGGAUGGCUCUGAUGAAAUUGGCUGUCCAACCACUGGUCCUGUGUGCAAGCAUAGUGAAUUUCAGUGCAAUUCUCAUGACUGUGUUCAUGAAAGUUGGGUAUGUGAUGGAGAAAAUGAUUGCAGUGAUGGCUCAGAUGAGAAAGGAUGCAGUGAGUAUUAAAAUUUCAAAUGUCUGAUGUUGAAUUAAAAAAGCAACAGUAAAGUAUUUUUUAGGGAAUUUUAAUGCUUGUGGUAAAUCAAAAAGCAAAGUGAUAAGAACUGCCCAUAAGAUUAAAGAAAGAAACACCAGGAGCCUAUGAAAAUGGAGAGGAAUAUAAGUAAAGUGCUUGAAGGGCAGGGAAAUGCAGCUGACUAGGUGGGGAUGAAUUUCCUUUUAGUUUUGAAGCUGAUUGGUAAAGAUGAUUGCAUGAGUUUUCUGGACAAAUUACUGAGCAAAACAAAACAAAACAAAAAUAAUUCCUGAAUGCUUUUGACACUCUGCUGAAAAUUGCCUUUUGGGGUUAAAUUAAUGUGUGCAUGUUUCUAAGAAACCUUAGUUGGAUGAAUACAAAUGUAAGCCCUUUGUCCAUGUGACAGUAGAGAAUUUAAGAACGCAAUGGCAGCAAUGGCAACAAGAACUUAGUGAAACAAAAGAUCUUAUGAGCAAAACAACAGUGAAACAUGUGAGUUCUAAAACUUUGUACUUAACCAUCCCAUACAAAGCAAAAACAUGAAACAGUUAAUGCAUCGAGCUAUUGGCCAAAAUCUUAGAGGAAAAUAAAUUACACUUUUCAUGCAACUUUUUAUCACACGUUGCGGUAGUGACAUCUUAAACUCCCUAAAAUAGUAGCCAGGUCAUUAACAGGUGACUGUCUUGAUCACAAGGUCAGGUUUAGCCUUGGGCUGCUGGUGUAAUUUAAAGAUUAUCCACUGAAGGGGCAAGCAGUGAAGAUGUUGAUUGACUAAAACUUCUGCUUAUAUUUUUUUGUUUUCUUCAGAUGUUACCUCCUGUGGUUCUAAUGAGUUCAGUUGUACCAAUGGGAGGUGCAUAUCUAUUCACUCGCAUUGUGAUGGCAAAAAUGACUGUUUAGACAACUCAGAUGAGCGGAAUUGUGGUGUGUUGAUGAGUUCUACUGCUCCAUGUAUUGUUCAGUUUGAUUUUGAAUUUUUAGUACCAUCUUGUUGUCUAAUCAGGAAAGAUGUAUGUUUCCCCUUUUAGCUCCUGUAAAACCAAAGCCUUGCAAGGAUGAUGAAUUCCAAUGUGGUGAAACAGACCAAUGUAUUCCAUACAGUAAAGUUUGUGAUGGUAAUGAGGACUGCAAGAAUAAAUUGGACGAACCUUUUACUUGUGGUAAGUAACUCCUUUUUUCCAUGAAGCUGGUCACAUCUAAUUGACUCUGUUUUCACAUAAAUAAAAUAUAUUACAAGGGCAUCUCAUGUAUUGCUAAACAAAAAUGUUGGAAUCGUAAGUAGGUUUAAGCUUGUUAGUAUUUAAAGUUCAUAUCCAUGAUGAAUCUUGUUUUUGAAAAAGUAUUAUAUCUAGAGCAAAGGUGUAAGACAGUAUUCUAAUGUGAAUUUAAGAACUUUAAAUAGCUGAUCCUGUUAAAUUAUUUUUUGAACAGCAAUUAAUGAAUGUAUUGAUCACAAUGGCCAUUGUCAACAAAUCUGCAAUGAUACCAAAACAUCUCACUUCUGCUCCUGUCGUCCGGGCUUUGAAGUAGAUAAGGAAGAUCCAAGAAUUUGCAGAGGUAUUGCCUUAGAAAUUAGAAAUAUAUUGUCCUUUUUUUGUUCCACAUUUAGGAUCUUGCAGUGCACCUUUUGUAGACUAGUAUUCAAGGGAGGGGUUCUGCAGUAUCCUUUAGGUAGCUUUAAAUAGACUAAGGGAGCUUUGAUAGGCCUGUGAUUAUUAACCCCUAGAGGUGAUAAGUGUGUAAAUUCUCCUUACCAUGUCAGCACAUUAUUUGCUAAUCAGGUGAUAAAAAAGGCAAGUUUAUCAGGUAGAAGGUGAUAUCCUUGGGUAACUCCACAUUCUCUUUACUAGUUCCAAGGAAAAAUUUUGCAUCACACAAAUGAACCAGAGGAAUUUGAGGGAAAGGAACUGUUAACAUUAACCCUCCAGCACAAAAUUACACUUUUAACAGACUUCACAGGAGGCAUACAGAAGUUAGAGACCUAGUGGUAAUUAUUUUCAGUAUUUGCAUUGGAAAUUCUUUUGAGAUUUUUUAAUGAUUCCUUCUAGAUAAGAACGAGUGUGAAAUUCCAGGGUCAUGCAGCCAAACUUGUUACAACACAAAAGGAAGUUUCAAAUGUUAUUGCCGAAGUGGGUAUGAACUGGAGCCAGAUCGCCGAACCUGUAAAGCGAUAGGUAAGUGGACAUAGUGCCUUGGCUUUUAAAUGUGUACCUUAUGUUUAGAUGAAUGGCUAAGGACUUCAACAUAAGGGCAUAGGAAGGAAAGGAGGGAGAAAGUUUAGCUUUGAAUUUGUGCUUUGUCUGGUUUCAGCAUUGCGUAAGAGCCAUUCAACUCAAGUUUGUGAUGAAGAGACUUUUUCAUUUUUCACAGGUGAAUCAGGCUUCCUCAUUUUUGCCAAUCGUCAAGACAUUCGCCGCCUCUUGUUUGAUUCUUCUGACUACACAGAAAUGGUACCAGAGCAGCGGGGUGCUAUAGCGUUAGACUAUGACUUUGAAAGUGGGUACAUAUUCUGGACAGAUGUCAUUGAUGAAAAUAUCAGGCGAACUAAGAUGUAUGACAGUUCUGUCGUUGAAGACUUGGUGAAGAUAAACCUCCAUACACCAGAUGGAAUUGCUGUAGAUUGGAUUAACAAGAAGUUAUAUUGGACAGACACUGGUGUAGACAUGAUUGAGGUAUCUGAUUUUGAUGGCAAGAAUCGUCUUCAAUUGGUAACAACAAAUCUGGAGGAACCAAGAGCUAUUGUUGUGCAUCCUUCUCUUGGGUAUGUGGAAGUAAAUAAUGUAUUGUGGUUCUUUUAUGGUUUUCUAUUUGUGGGAAUCCUCAGUUACUUUAUGUGUGGCUUAUCCUUAUAAUUCAGAAUUAUGAGCUGACUUUUUUUCUGAGCAGCUGCAGGUUUUAACCUAUUGGUAACUAUCAGUUGACACUUGAGAGGUUAAGCAUGGGGUUUAGGAGAAAUGGCAGAUGGUAAAAAUUGAAAUUCUGGUAAUAUGAUUUAGGCAGUUGGCACACCAUAACAAAAAUAUUUGAAUGAGAGAUUUUCCUCAAAUCUCCCUUGCUAGGCUGAUUUGAGGGUUCUAGAGAAAAUAUGUCAAAUCUGACUUAAUUUUUGUUCUUAGUCACAGCUGUAAACAUGCUUAAACUAAAUUGUUUUUCUUUUCGCUAUUGCUUGCUGUAAUUGCAGUCAAAAUUAGAAUAGUUAGCAUGUAUAUCUAAAUCCUUUAAUUUGAUUACUUUUUGUUUUUCAGGUUUAUGUUUUGGACUGAUUGGGGUGAGAAGGCAAAGAUUGAAAAGUGUGGAAUGAAUGGAGACCUUGAAACAAGGCUGGAGAUAGUUAAUACCAGUAUCCUGUGGCCCAAUGCACUUGCAAUAGAUUAUACUGUUGACAGAAUUUGGUGGGCAGAUGCAAAACUCCACACUAUAGAAUCAUCAGAUUUAAAUGGAGGAAACAGACGGCUGGUGUUGAGUGAGAACAUCAACCAUCCAUUUGCAUUGACUAUUUUCCAGAGCUACAUUUAUUGGACAGACUGGCAUCUUAAUGCAAUCCACAAGGCUAAUAAAUUUACUGGUGAAGAGAGAUCUAUUGUGAUGGAGAAUCUGUUUUCACCAAUGGAUAUUCAUGUCCAUCAUAGACAGCGACAACCUAUAGGUAACUUUAACUACUUACAUGAUUGAAUGACAUGCAACCUCUCCUCACAAUUCCUAUAUAUAUAUAUAUCAUUUUGGGAAAGAUACUCUGUACUUCAUUCUCAUACCAAGAGUAUCAGUAAGGCAAAGAAGUACUGGCAAAGUGUCAAGGAAAUGAUGAAAUGUUGUUGGUAACUUAUGAUGCACCUGUGCCCUGAAAUGCAGUAGACAGAUAACAGUGUGAAGUCUUAGAAGACUAUUUUUUAAGUAUAAGUGAAAAUGGCCCAGGCCGUUUGCAUAGUAGGUGGAGAAUUCUCUAACCUUCAUACUAAAUGAACACCCCCUAACUGGUGUGUGGCCGAGUGGGCAAGGGGAUUUAUGUUCCCUUGAGUUUCUUGAUGCAGAUGAAUCAUGGGAAUGCUCUUGUGAAAUAGACCACUUGACUGGAUUGCAGCUGAAUUGUAGCUUAAAUCAUUGAUAUCUUAAUUGAACUUUUUCAAUUUCCUUUGAAAACAGGAAUGAAUCCAUGCACUGUUGUGGCAGAGUAUGGCGGCUGCAGCCAUAUUUGUUUAUUAGCUCCCAAAAUUAAAAAAUAUCCAGAUGGUUUCUCCUGUCACUGCCCCUCUGGUAUUAAUCUGCUUUACGAUCACAGGACCUGCAAUACAACAGGUACCAGUCUUGUCUGUAAACAUUUGGUUAAAAGAACUUUUAAUGUAUUUUUUCUUGGUGUUUAAUCUUAAAACUUCUUGAUGAGGUUUUUCUGUGUGUGUGCUUUUGUUGUUUCUCUCCCCUCCUACAAAUCUGGUAGGUUCCAUCAGUAAAGUAAAAUAUUUAGUACACUUUUAUGAAAAAUUUUUGUGUUGAGGAGUAAGUGUUUCUAGCUGUGACAUAAUUGAUCAUUUGGUGAUCUACUUUCAUAAACCCAGGCACACUCACAUAACUGCUUUAAUGUAUUUUUAAGAGUACAGUUCAGAAUGCUAGGUAUCAAAGCUCUUGUCUACGUAUUUUGUUAGGGAAGAAAUCUUUCUUGUUCAAUUGAGCAAUUUAUUUCAUACUUUUUCCCAAUGCCAUUUCCAGAGCAGCUUAAUUUCCUGUAGUACCUUGUCCUUUUACCUAAUUGAAGGCGACAAAAUGUUGUCUCAGUAGGGCUUGCAAGAUUUAUUUAUGCUUGGGAAACCUUUUUUGCGCUCAAACAACUAAAAAGACAAACCAUUCUUUGCUCUCAGAUGAAAAAAACACUUGUAUAACUUGGAAAGAUUUUAGUUUAAAACUUUCUAUAGAAUCAGUCUUUUGUCUUUAUUUUUUAAUAAAAGUUGAGAUCAGGAUCAUAUUGAAAGGAAAACUCUAGGACUAAGGAAUGUUUGUUCACUCAUUAUUUAAGUUUGGGCUGAUUUGUACCCUAAAUCCCAGUAAAUGAAGUUUUCAUCAUACUUUUUUUUAUCUUUCUAGAUGCUUUCAAAUGCACAGAUAAAACAUGUCGUAAUGGUGGAACAUGUGUAAUAAAAGAGGAAGGGGCAUUACCAUCUUGCGAGUAAGUCUUUUUUUUCCUCGCAUUUUACAAUCAGGAAGAAAGUUGUCUUUUGUAUUGUUGUCCUGUUAUUUUUGAAUAAUUAUCAUGGAUAAAAAUGAAAACCAAGAUUCUAAUAUUACUUGGACAACUCUGAACUCCGUCUCCUUCAUCUUCUCUGUACUGGUUAGCAGGGGAUGUUAAAGAACCCACACACUUGUUGCGAAGAGUUGGGAACGUAGCUUUUGGUGUUGUUGUCUGGCUUUUUAUUGUUUAUACAGGCUUCCUUAUAAAUCAGUUUUAAUGCUGAACUGGGCCAGCCUAAAACUAAAUUUUUUUUUUUAUUUUUACUUAAGAUGUACUUACGAGUUUACAGGAAAGGAUUGUAGCAUAAAACGCAGCCUACCUCCUUUCACUGCCAGUCCCACGUAUACUACACCUGGAAUGAGUGGAUUGCAUGAACUUAAAGGAGAGGAUGCUGGUGAGUAAACUAGAUGAGCUUUGUCUUAAACUCCCAAGAUCUCAUCAUCAAUUUUCUACACCAAAGUCCAUGCACUUCUUAUAACUUUAGAUCUGAGAAUUUGAACUUAAUUCCAACAUUAUCUCAUUUUCUCCCUACAGUGCUUUGUUGUUUUCACUUUGAGUUCUCAUUGGCACCUUGCAAUGUUUUCUUUGACCUGAAUGCAGUUGAGAUUAUUUGGUCUUGGCUUUACAUUACUCAGUACCUAGCCUGGGUGGUUUUAAGGGUGGAGAAUGGUCUGCACCAAAUAACCCUUAUCUGAUGAAUGAAAAUUUCUUGGAAAUGUUUCUUCUUUUUGUUAGCGUAAUGGUUUUAUGAAGUCAACAACUGAUGCUUUGUAUCUUUCUUGCAGGUGUCACAGCAGCAAUAUCAGUUGCUGUGGUAGUAGUCCUUUUAGCUCUGGGUGGCUUGAUCGUAUGGCUAGUUUACAGAAGAAUACGUAGAAAGUAAGUGUUUCCAAGUCAGGGUAAUUCAAUUGUUGUUAUCAUUAAGUAACAAUAGAAUUUCAGAGCCCUGUCACCUGAAAGAGUGAUUAUCACCAUCAACCACAUUUCAAAUUUUGCUGGAUCAAUUAGGUUUUAAGUCCCUCAUUCCUAGAUGUGAUUAGAGUAAGGCUGAGAGAUGGCAGUGAGUUUUAAUUUAGAGAAAUGUUUGCUAAGCCAAUUCUGAGUAUUUGUGUUACAGCAGUUACAAGUAAUUAUUGUGCUUAUGGAAUUUGAAACUUUUUUUGGGGGGGUGGGGGGGUUUGUUUGAUUCAAUGAAAUAUAAUAUAAUAUACCAUGUCCUGAGAAAACAAGGAAAAAAGUAAAAUAAAGAGAACAAGACUAACCAAGAAUAUUAAGGGAUGUGGUGAAAAGUCUUCUGUUAGCAAAAUCCUGUUUUGUUACUUGAUGAUCAUGUAGAAAUUUUAAUGAUUUUGUAUUUGUUUUCAGCAAUCUUAGAUCAAUGAGUUUUGAUAACCCUGUGUAUAAGAAAACUACGGAAUCUAAUGGCUCACUGGAUAGAAUAAGUAUAAGAUUUGGUCAUUCUCACGGAAAAUGUCAGUCAUUAUUGGUGAGUUGAUGUUUGAUUAUAGGGUUUAGUAAUAACAACAUUACACCCUGCUACAUGACCUCUAAACAUGGGUUGCUGAAUCAGUGAAAUUUGUGGCAAAUAAAGUUCCCAAGAUGUUUCCACUCCAUGAUAACUAAUUAAAAGCAGUUUCUACCUGUAAAGAACAAGUCUCAAGUUUAUUCCAUAAGCUACCAUUCCAAGACUCGAACUUAUGUUGUAUUGUGGCAUUUUGUGACUUUUUUCCUUUUCUCUUUUUUCCAGAGCUCAUUCCGGAAUGAAGUUGAAAUUCACAGUUGCUAGCAUUUCAAUUGUUAUCCAAAUGGCAAAGGCCAGAAAAUCUGAAGAGACUGUUGCAAAUAUUUUUUUCAUUCUUGUCUCUGCUAUCUGUCUGAAUUUAGAGCAUUGUGAACUGAAUUAUAUUUUAAAGCUGAUAAUGCACAUUUCAGCCUUUAAGGAGUAGUAAAAUUUGUUUGAAGUUCAUGUUUGUACCACAACAUACAUGAACUUCCCUUUUUUUACCAAAAAAAAAAAAAUAUGUUUUCUGCUUCAGAAGUACCAAUACUUUUUUUUGCACCAGUCUUUAAAGAUUGACCAGCCUUUGCCAAGUGGGUAAUAAUUCAUUAAAUAGGUUGUCAAAUUAAGAAUAUAUAUAUAUUAUAUACAUCUAGUUAUAUAGAUAUUCAUAAGCCCAUCCUGGAGAUGAUAUGGCUUGGCAUGCAGAUUGUAUAAGUGAUAUUUAAAUAAUUGUAAUUUUUUUGUGUUAAGGUUCCUAGUGUUGCUUGUCUGUUUGGGGAAAACUCAUUUGAAGCCUCUUUGAUUGCUGUGUGAUGUGAUUACUAAUGUCACACAGCUUUUUUGGUAAACAAUAGUUCUUGUUUUUGCCUCCGUCUAAGAAGU